AUGGAACAAAUGAACAACGUGACGGAGUUCAUCCUACUUGGUCUGACACAGAACCCAGAUGUUCAGAAACUUCUGUUUGUGGUGUUUACUGUCAUCUACUUCCUCACUCUGGCAGGCAACCUCAUGAUUGUAGUAACAAUUAACAGCAGCCCAUCCCUGGGCUCCCCCAUGUAUUUUUUUCUAUCAUUCUUGUCCUUCAUAGAUGGCUGCUGCUCUUCUACCAUGGCUCCCAAAAUGAUAUUUGAUUUCCUUGCAAAAAAGAAAACUAUUUCCUUCCACGGGUGCAUGACUCAGCUCUUUGCAGAGCAUUUCUUUGGAGGUGUUGAGAUCAUCCUGCUCACAGUGAUGGCCUAUGACCGCUACAUGGCCAUCUGCAAGCCCCUGCACUACUUGAUCACCAUGAACAGACGAGUCUGUGGCCUCCUGGUGGCCAUGGCCUGGGCAGGCGGAUUUCUUCAUGCUCUCAUUCAAAUUCUUUUUAUACUCUGGUUGCCCUUCUGUGGUCCAAAUGUCAUUGACCAUUUCAUCUGCGAUCUUUUUCCUCUGCUAAAGCUCUCCUGCACAGACACUCAUAUCUUUGGGCUGUUCGUUGCUGCCAACAGUGGGCUAAUGUGCAUGCUCAUUUUUUCUAUUCUCAUCACUUCUUAUGUCUUCAUCCUUUGCUCCCUAAGAACCCACAGCACCGAUGGAAAGUGGAAGGCUCUCUCCACCUGUGCUUCACAUGUUACUGUCGUCACCCUUUUCUUUGUGCCCUGUAUAUUUGUGUACCUUCGACCCAUGGUCACCUUCCCCAUUGAUAAAGCAGUGGCUGUGUUUUAUACAGUGAUAACACCCAUGUUAAAUCCAAUAAUCUAUACUCUCAGAAACACAGAGGUGAAAAACGCCAUGAGGAAGCUCUGGAGCCAAGGAGUAAUCUUGGCUAAUAGUUCAUGUGAGAAGAAAAGCUAA